AUGUCGGCCACGUUGAAGCACACGGAGCUGGGCGAGAUACGGGGGAAUAGUGUAGAUGGUGUUGUACAGUUUCUCGGACUGCAGUAUGGCGCGUUGAAGAACCGUUUUGCAAGGGCCGAGAUGGUGGAGGGAUAUGGUCCGCAGACGAGGGAUGCGACGAAAUUCGGACCACCGCCUAUUUCUCCAAUCGGCGCAAUCAACAACGAGUUUGGCUAUAUCCAAAAGACGCUGCCGUUACCGGAUGUGCCGCCACAUUCCGAUCUGGAAGGCUUGAACCUGAAUGUCACUGUACCAUCGAAUGAGAAUGGGGAUAUUGAUCACAAGGCGAAUUUGCCCGUUUAUGUUUUUAUUCAUGGCGGAGGAUUCGCCGUGGGAUCAAGUUGGUACCCGCAUUACGAUCCAGCGCCGCUGAUCAGGUUGUCAAAGGAGAAGAAGAAGCCCAUGAUUGGAAUCACAAUCAAUUAUCGCCUAGGUGCUCCAGGGUUCCUGACCUCUGAAGAACUGCGCAAAGCGGGAUAUGAACCAAACAAUGGCCUACGCGACCAGCGUCUUGCACUAAAGUGGGUCAAGAAGUUCGUUGGGGGAUUUGGUGGAAAUCCGGAUGAGAUUACGACGGUUGGAGAGAGUGCUGGUGGAUUAUCCGUAACAAUGCACCUCUGCUCAAAGGAACCUCUGAUGAAGCGAUGUCUCAGCACCGGUGGAGCUGUGCUCCUCUUCCCUCCUAUACCACAGGAGGUGACAGAGUCAUCGUACAAACAAGUCGUCGAAGCACUAGAACUCGCAGACAAAUCACCAGAAGAGCGUAUAGAAGCCCUUCUAAAAUGCCCUGUAGACGAUCUCUGGCAGAAAGUCCCACCGGCUGCUCCCCUGAUCCCUUCCAUCGACGGAGACGUAGUCCCAGGCCUGCCCACGUUCAAAAAUGUCUCCUCCAAGCAAGACAGCCCCGAAUGGCCCAUGCCAGGCAGAAAAUGGUGCAAAGCCCUCAUGAUCGGCGAGUCAAAAUUAGACGCCAAUAUCAUCGCCUAUAUGGUACUUGACGCGCGCAAAGCAAACAUUGCCCAAGCCUUCACAGACUCCAUCACUAAAUCUCUCUCGUCCCAUCCCGAAGUCGCACAACAGCUCCUUUCUGCAUACAAAAUCACGCCCACCACCAGCGACGACGAAGCCGUGCUCACCAUUCUUCGCUUCGCUUCCGAAAUCGCCUUCUACGCCCCCGCCCGUGCCUUCGCACAGGGCUGGCCCAACACCCCCGAAAACAAAUUCUUCCUGUAUCACUUCAACGAGGGGAUUCCCUGGGAAGGUCGCUUCCAAGGAGAGCCAGGCCACAUUCUCGACGUCGCCUAUCUGUUUCAAAACUUCAACGACACCCUUGGAGAUGAGCAGCGCAAAGUUGCACGCGCCUACGCCGAGGACUUUAUCAAGUUUGUCAAUGGCGAGGAUCCGUGGCCGCCGGUCAAGGACGGUGGAUUUGCGGCGAGGGUGUAUGGGCCGAGUAGUGAGGGAAAUACGUGUAGGUGGACUGCAGAGGGGGACCCAAAGCAUGUCGGGAGAGAGGAGAGGAUUUUGCAGAUUGGUGAGGCCGUCGGGUUUGAUGCUGUCUUGACUGCUUUUCAGAAUUUCUUGCAGGGGAGAUGA